CGGACAUUUACAAGUGGGGUUGGGGCCAAUCCUUCCACUUCUCCCCCUCCAUCCAGGGGAAAUCCCAUCGCGAUCUGCUCGGAGUUGAAGGCCGGCGACCGAAUCCUGGACGCCGGCUGCGGCGUAGGGGGUCUGAUGCGUUCCAUUGCUGCCCGUCCUGGACGCAGGCCCUGCUGCAUUUCGUCCUCGAACACAUGCAUCAUCUUACAAAUCUUCAGUUGAGAAAGGACGACCUGUGCUACAAGGACUUUUGGGAAUUGCUUUUUUGGCUGAAGAGAUAUGACAUCGAAAAUCUGCUGCGACUUGAUCCAGCUAGUACAUACUUACCAACUUCAGUUCAUUAUCCGAACUCAGAAACUAAUGCUUCUGAUGCUAAAGAGGUUGAAAAAGGAAAAAGCAAUCUACUACUGAAUCUGAGGCCUAUCAAGAAGGAGAACCUGAUUCGCGAUGAUAGCAAACUUGUUCUUUUGGCAUCCUUGAGCGACUCAUUGGAAUUUGUUGCAGACUUUGUAGAAGGGUUGUUGUUGCUGUUAUCAUUUCCUCACUUCUUCCAAAUAGAGAUGGGGAUAGCCGAUGCAAUUGUAGACCUUGUGGGCAGUGGAACAACUUAGAGAGAGAACAAUCUAAAAGAGAUUGCGGGUGGAGUCAUCUCGCAAAGUCAGGGGCCUGCAGUAAGUCCAGUAUUUUGCAAACGAAAUGGCCAAGUAUUUGCAGAUUACUAUGCAAUAGUCAUAUGUGUACCGAAGAAGGCAUUUAUGAGUGUGUGCAGCAGCUGCGGGAGGUGAGAU